AUGCAAGAUGAAGCUUGGGUGGAAAGCCUUACCUUGGAGGAGCAGGGCAUCAUGGGACUAGCUGCUUUCCUUGAGCGCUCGGAUGAGCUCACUGUACUCUGGUCACCUCGCUACUUUACACGCCUUUGGUUGCUCUGCGGCGCUUGGAAAGGGUGCAUCUAUGAAAUCAGCACAUUCCUCCGGAAGAAGGACAACAGAGCUCAAAUUCAAGUGAUGCCGGUGAAGCUGGCGCUUCUGCUAUGCAUCAGCGUAACCAAAUGGUUUGUGAUGGUGGCCGUUUGGCACACAGUCUCACGUGUUUCGGAUCCGGAUGAGGAACUGGAAGCCUUAAGUCGAACCCUUGCUGUGACUGUGCCUUGCGUGCUCUGCGCAGCCAUGGUACCCUACACCUAUUACGUGGGGAUUGGAAUGAUGGAAGCUUGUCUUGCCAGUUUUCAGUGUUUAAAUGCCAGGGUUGUUCAAAAGCGUUGUUUUUUUCUUUUUCGGCCUGGUGCAGGCUUCAAUGUAAACGAGCACCCUGUUGAAAUGAGAGCCUUAGUCAAGCACUCUUAG